AUGUUCUACUUCCACUGUCCACCCCAACUGGACUCGACCACCCUGAACUCCGGUGGAUUCGGGUCGCAUGGAGGCGGGGAUUUCGAUGAUGGUUUUCUGAGACGCAAACAACGGAGAAACCGGACAACAUUCACCUUACAACAGCUCGAGGCCUUGGAAGCUGUCUUCUCUCAGACGCACUACCCGGACGUGUUCACGCGCGAGGAGCUGGCCAUGAAAAUCAACCUCACGGAGGCCCGUGUCCAGGUGUGGUUCCAGAACAGACGGGCAAAGUGGAGGAAGACAGAACGUGGAAGUUCCGACCUUGACGGGAGCAAGGAUCCGCUGGGAGACGGAACCGCCCCGCCGCGGAACCUCAACCAAUCACCAGUGGAACCAAAUCGGAAUAAAAAGGAACCUCUAGAGAUGCAGCAGAGUCUGAACCGGGCGGUGGGGGCAGGUGGUGCCUUCUUCCCCUCCUGUCUUCCAGGAACCCUGUUGAACACGGCCACCUACGCACAAGCUCUGUCUCAGGUCGCUACACUUAAAGGAGGGCCUCUCUGCUCCUGCUGCGUUCCUGACCCCAUGGGCCUGUCCUUCCUGCCGCCAUACGGUUGCCAGAGCAACCGCACAGCUAGCGUGGCGGCGCUGCGCAUGAAGGCCCGUGAACAUUCCGAGGCCGUCCUGCAGUCUGCCAACCUCCUCAGCGCCAGUGCCAUCGCCAGCAGCAGCGCCAACAUCGCAGCCCACGCCUUGCUCAGCGACCCCGCCCCCCCAAAACCACCCGCAACCGGACCCCACACCCCAGAGAAGCCCCCCCUCGACCCUAAGGAGGGCAUGGAGAAGAAACGAGAGGGGCAGUUCAGCUCCAGCAGGAUUUAAGGACGACUCAAACCCACACCACACACUCCACACACACACACACACACCUCUCAUGGAUAUUAAACCAACAUGAAUUAGACCAAUCUGAUUGUUUGUAUAUACAGCUGUUUUACC